AUGCUGAAGGCACCAUCUUGGAUGCUUCCGGUGGCUGUAGGCUCUUUGCUUGCAAGCGGCGUCGUGCUUAUUUGGGCUUGCCUGGAAGCAAAGCGCGUUAUAAAAACAUUUUCAGCAUGGCAAGCUGGGGCGGCCUUGCCCAAUGUAAACGAUUCACAUGGUGCUUGCCCUUGCGAUUGCCAACGCGGUUCCAAUGAUGAUGAGCUUUCUCGGCAAGACCAUUGUCAAGAAGGAGACACAUGUUUUUACGGGAAUGGCUGGUGCUCCCGCACAAUCCCAGACUAUGCAACAUCAAGCAGCAGUGCCCAACCAGUGCGGGGGAGUUGCAUGAAAAAGCGUUGCAAUGGACCUCGCGGGGCUGACAGUUUUAACAUCACGUGUGACCGGGCCAAAGAACCUCCAUUUGCGGUGGACUGGCUGGUGAAGCGUUUUGGAAGCCAGGUUCGCGAGCUGCUGAAAGACGGGGCGGCUGGUGUGAAUCAGCACUUGAAUGCUCCAGGUGGCUCGAUCGAUGCCAGCGGUUUUCAUGGCUUCGAGUUGCUAGUGAGUGAUGAUUUGAUCGACACGCUCCAGGUUGACCUGAGCCGUCUAUCGAUUGUUUGGCGGAUUGGUUGCUGGCCGCCUGCACGGUACGUUGUUGUUGGUGGUAGCUUGCGGGUGAGAUCUGGCUGGGUGCGUCUUACAGCUGCUGGUGUGACACUGGAGGUGCUCAUCUCGGAUGCGGCUGUCAACUUUCAGAACUUGCGAGUGGAGAUCAGCUGUCCCGAAGGUGCUUUUACAAUUGAUGGAUUCGGAGAUGGGGCCCUGAACGCAGGGGCAUUGUCAACGGCCUCCGUCGCAGUUUCUCCUAAGACCAAAGUGUCAGGAAUCCAAUGCACGGGUGGUUGGGGGCUUUGGUGCUGGUUUGUGGCGCGACUUGCUCCUCGUGAGUUUGUGUGGGAGAGGCUGCCCACUGUGUUGGUGGAUCUCAUCGAGAGUUUUGUCGGUUUUCGCCUGGCUUCGGGGUGCCGCCUCGGUCGUAACACCUUCGCUUUGUUGCCAUACACUUUCAAAGAUUGCUGCGAAGCAACCUACCGAGCGGACCAUGCUGGUUGCAUUAUGGGGGGCCAGUUCAAUGGGAGGCUUCUCUCGCAAGGGCGGGUUCAAGGUGUUGAGUGUGCUUACAACAAGGACCUCAUGGUGUUCCAGGCACGAUGCGAGACUAUCCCAGGAAGCUACAGCGAAAAGUCUCCAGGUGUUUGCUGGGAGGCGGGCGUUCCUUGGCGUCCAAUGGCUUCCAACUUUGAUGGACGAACCAUUCGGGAGCAGAUACGGACCAGUGUGCAGACGCUUUUGGCUGCUGAGCUAGCUGUCAUGAUUGCAGUAAUGGUGAUGCCUUUGGCUCUGCUUGCCUGCGCUUUUACAGCCUUUAGAAGACCACCACGGCGUGAACUUGCCAGGAUGCGCAGCCUUAGUUGA